AUGCACUUCCAAUCGCGCGUAUCCACAACCACCGUUCACGAACUUCUCUUCGCCGAUGACUGCGUUCUGAACACCACAUCGACAGAGGAGAUGCAACGGAGCAUGAACCUCUUCUCCGUCGCCUGCGAGAACUUCGGUCCGAUCAUCAACACGCAGAAGACGGUGAUCAUUCAUCAACCGCCACCGAACACAGUCCCACCCCCCAACGUGUCGCCGCAAAUCAGCGUGAACGGAAGCCAACUGCAAGUGGUGGCGAACUUCCCGUACCUGGACAGUACCCUCUCCCGUAGCACCAAAAUCGAUGCCGACAUCGCCCGCAGGAUUUCAAAAGCCAGUCAAGCCUUUGGUCGCCUUCAAAGCACAGUUUUGAAUAGUCAUGGUCUUCAACUCAGCACGAAGCUGAAGAUGUACAAGGCCGUCAUCCUGCCGACGCUGCUGUACGGAGCGGAGACUUGAACAGUGUACGCAAAGCAGGCACACCGACUCAACAACUCCCAUCCUAGUUGUCUUCGUCGCAUCCUGAGGCUGAGCUGGCAGGAUCGAAUCCUUGACACUGAUGUACUGGAACGGACGGGAAUCCUCAGAAUCUACGCCAUGCUGAGACAAAUGCAGCUGCGUUGGAGAGGCCACCUGGUGCGCAUGGACGACGAAGGACUACCCAAACGACUCUUCUACGGAGACGUCGCGACGGGUUCUCGCCGCCAAAAAGGCCAAAUUCUUCUAUACAACGACACUCUGAAGUCCUCCCUGAAGUGCCUGCAAAUUAACCCGACAACCUGGGAAGACGUCGCCCGCGAUCGAUUGACCUGGAUCGCGACUGGAUGA